CUUCAUUGAUUCUCUCUCUCUCAAGAAACAGAGCCCCAGAGAAAACAACUUCCUCCAAAAACCCAGAAAAACCCUUCUUCUUUUUCCUCCCUCCUCAUAUAUAUUCUCUCUCUGUCUCUGAGUUCAUCUCCUACCUAUAUUCCCUGUUCUGUUUUUGGGUCUGAUUUGGCCCUUCAUUCUCUCUCUCUCUCUCUCUCUCUCUCUCUCUCUCUCUCUCUCAUAAAUCCCAGAUUAAAAAUCAAUAGAACGAAAUCCCCAGUUGUUCCAUUUCCCUCUAAUACACUCAAAUAACUUUCUUUGACUCCUUUUCUUCCUUCGUACUUCACCUGAAAAACCCCUCUUUGUUCCUCUUUACACCUCCCCUCCAUCUCUCUCUCUCUCUCGCUCUGUUCUUUCUCUGCCCCCUGUUUCAGAAGCCAUGGUGAAUCACCUGAGAUACAGCCCCUUGAAAAAGGGCGUACAGAAUGCAACAGAAGACGAGGAAUCCCAAAAUAGCCUUGGCUUCAACAAGAUAACAACAAGGCCCAGAUUUCUCUAUCUCCUUUUCCUCUCUCUCUUUUCCUGCAGCUUGCUUUUAGCCCCUCACUUCUUCUGCUUUCCACACAACUUCUCUUUCUUAUAUUCAUUUGGAUACGAAAAUGGAAGACUUUUUGCUGAGAUGGAUGUGAAUACUACCAUUUGCUCUUCAAUCUCUAAUGGAACUAUAUGUUGUGACAGGAGCAGUAUUCGAUCGGAUAUAUGUAUGAUGAAGGGGGAUGUGAGAACUCACUCUCUUUCCUCUUCUAUCUACCUUUAUACCUCAAGAAGCUCUAAUGGCCUAAUGGAUUAUGUUCCGGAUCCCAUUGAAGGAGGUGAAGAUGAAGAAGAAAACACGGAAGAGGAAAUCCAGCAUGAAAACAUUAAGCCCUAUACCCGAAAAUGGGAGAAAAAUAGUAUGGACUCUGUAGGCGAAUUGCACCUUAUUUCAAAGAGAGAGAAUACGGGUACUAGACAUCAGUGCGAUGUCAAGCAUGACGUCCCGGCCAUUUUCUUCUCCACCUCGGGAUAUACGGGUAACAUUUAUCAUGAAUUUAACGAUGGAAUAUUGCCUUUGUACAUAACUUCACAACAUUUCAACAAGAGGGUUGUGUUUGUUAUUUCUGAGUAUCACAAGUGGUGGAAUAGUAAGUACGGUGACAUCCUUUCGCUUCUCUCGGAUUAUCCACCGGUAGAUUUUAGUGGAGAUAAUCGGACUCAUUGCUUCCCAGAAGCCAUUGUUGGUUUGAGAAUUCACGAUGAGCUCACCGUUGAUCCUUCACUUAUGGAAGGGGGAAAAUCCAUAAAGGAUUUCCAUGACCUCUUAGACCGUGCUUAUUGGCCGCGAAUCAACGGUUUAAUCAAGGAUGAGGAAAGGAAAGCCACACAGAGUUCAAAAGGUCCCUUACCACGAUCUUCAGAGAAUGAAGCAAAAGGAGAGCAAAAGCGGGAACUGAUCAAGAAACCGAAACUUGCCAUCUUGUCCAGAAAGGGGUCUAGAGCGAUAACUAACGAAGAUUUGUUGGUGAAAAUGGCAGAAGAAAUAGGGUUUGAAGUGGAAGUCUUGAGGCCUGACCGGAGAACCGAACUGGCAAAGAUCUACAGGGUGCUUAACUCAAGCGAUGUUUUCGUUGGGGUCCACGGAGCUGGCAUGACUCAUCUUUUGUUUGUAAGGCCUAGCAAGGUAUUUAUUCAAGUUAUUCCCCUCGGAACCGAAUGGGCGGCUGAGACUUACUAUGGGGAGCCGGCUGUGAAGCUUGGUUUGAAGUACAUUGGUUACAAGAUUCUCCCGAGAGAGAGCUCGUUGUAUGAUGAAUAUAAGAAAGAUGAUCCCAUUUUGAAUGAUCCAGACAGCAUGCACAAGAAAGGCUGGGAAUUCACCAAGAAGACAUAUCUUGAUCAUCAGAAUGUGCGGUUGAAUCUUGAGAGGUUUCGAAAGCGGUUAGUUCGGGCUUAUAAUUACUCCAUUGGUAAGAAGAACCGGCGCGAUAAUCCCCAAUCAGAGUAAUCUCAAUUUUUGGUUCUCCUAUACUAUACUUUUUAUUUGAACUCAUUGGUUGAUGUAGAUUCUAAACAACAAACCUUUCAUUCCUUCUUCUGUAAAUGAACCAGCAAAACAAAUGUGCUUCUUUUUGGUGUACUUUCAAAACAAAACAUCCAUUCUUGUAUUGUUGUAGAAUUUAGUUGAUUUCAGGGGUGUACUGGAAUCAAAGUGUAUAUUGUUACUAAGCCUUGUUGCUUCUGUAAAAUAGAGGAAUAAACUCGAUUCAACGAUGUUCUAAAGGUUCGCUGA